AUGAGCAAAAGAGUGUAUGAAAACGAGGAGGAUGAAGCUCAUAGUAAAGAAAUAAGCUUAAUGCAGAUGCAGCAGCAAAUGAGGAAUAUUCUGGGGGACGAAACGGCGGUGUUAUAUUUUGGUUAUCUGAAGGACUGGUUACGGGGUCGCAGGGAACAAGAAGAAUUUGAUUCGUACGGUCUUAUGCUAGUGCCAAAGAAUCGAACAUGUCUCCAUACAGAGUUCUUCUUGUCUUUUUUAAAUUUCUGCGAGAUUGGUUUAGAAGCAAGUAAUUUUGCCACUGAUAAUCCUGUUUCAAGUAGUAUAUGGACUGGACGUAUUCAGGAGCAGUCACUAGAGUUGAAUCAAGGUUUCCAGGCACUACAGGGAAAGAAACAAACUGUUUCGGAAGGACUAAGAUUGCUACCAAGCAAAGGACAGGUGAAAGGAAGGCUACUUCUUGAUGCGUGGCAAGGGGGUUUGAAGGGAGUGUCCGAAGAAGCUGUCGAUUUAAUUGUCUCGACUGCCAAACUGGUAGCCAUGAAUAUACUAGAGGCGUCUUUGCGAUUGAAACGGAAUCAUUUGAUUACGGAAAGCGGCGCUACUUAUUCCUACGGAGUUACAAACAGGAGAGGCGCAAAGGCUGUGCCACGCGUAUUAUUGCCAGCCCAAGAACCUGUUAGCGUCAGAGAUAUAAUGGAAGCUGUUGAAAUUGAACAUGGGCUUAUUAGUAACCACAAGAUGCGCAAAAGGUUGCUUAACGCAUUGAAAGUACUUGCUUCGAAGUGUAUGUGGUACUGCAUAAAGAAACAUGGUGUUGGAGCGCCACUUGUAAAGAACCACUCAACUCCUGAUUUUGUCUGCCUUAAGGUUAUAGAUGCAAAUGUAUGCUAA